CGGAUCGGUACGGUACCAAAACUGUUUCCUUGUCCCACUCCCAGCCGGAGCCGUAAAAGAAGCCGAUUUUCAUCUCCGGUUGAACGCGAGAAUUCUAAAAUCUCUUUUCCGACAAAUUUUCCUCAUGCCCAAAAGGACGGAGUUGAGAGCUUGAAUUUGCUGUGAUGGACGAGGUGGUGGAGGCAGUAGAGAAGACGAAGCAGGAAUGGGACGAAGCUUAUGCUAAGACGCAAAUCCACAUAAGAUCGAAGACUGAAGAGUAUCACAAAUCCGGAGCUAGUGUUGAAGGACCGUCCACUCAGGAAACGAAUUCUCUUCCCAGAUUGAACGGCCUGGCGCAAGAUGGUUUAGCUAUGCUCCAAUCGCUGGAAUUCAAGCUCGAUCUCUUGGCUCCCCGGUUGCCCGCCGACGAUCAAGUUAAAUCGGCGCGCAAUCGCUGCUCGAAUCCUGGAAGAAACAGUCUCACAGAGAAAAUUGCUUUUGGGAGGUGGAGAAGAGUCCACAGCACGCAGGCGAAAUCUUCAGUAUGCAACAGCUCACUGAGAUGGCCAAUUGAGUGA